AUGCACCCAGGUAGUUGUAGCUAUUUUAACUCAAAUGGAGAUUGGCAUACCAUCGUCAAUCUCCUUAGUCCAGGUGACCUCACUGUUCAUGGGUGGGCACUUUCGGAUGGUAAAAUCAAUGAAUUAAGAACCUCAGGAUCUACUAGAUGGGGUCCUAAAAGCUCAAAAUUUAUUCAGACCCUAUAUAUUGGAGGUACGGCUAAAGCGGCCGCUAUAGCAAGCAAUCCCGAGGCCUCUUUGGCGGUUUCUUUCAAGUGCAACAGUAACCAAGGCGCUAUUCUCACCAUUGCGGACCCUGUAACAAGGAAUCAGCUCGGUAAUACGCUAAGCGCCUUGCAGCAGAUGGCUGACAACACCUCUAAGAUAAUGCAUCAACAUAAAGAUAUCGUCAAAAGGCAUGGUAUCUGGAUUAUAACAAAGGCUUACUCUACGCGUAGUUGCGCCAUUACAAUUAUAACCAGUAAAUCAUCAUCCAUUAGCAUCACGCUUAAUAAUAUCUGUGGUAUAUUAGCCCUAAUGCCUAAUAGCGCAUGGUCCGGGAGCUCCGGGAGCUCUUGUACUAAAAUACACAAAGACGUGGAUGGAGUGGUCGUUUUUAUUAGUGGAAUUUAUUUCUCUUAG